GUAAGAUUGGUCCCAGAUCGGGAGACAGUUCGGAAUGAAAUCAUCCAUACCCUAAAAGUUCGAUCGUUCAUUUUAACAGCUGGCUUUCAUGAAUAUAAUGCGAAUCAACUACACUAGCGUUGGAAUAAUUUUUUCGCUCGUGGUUGUGCUUUAUAUCUUUUACAAACUAUCGCACUACUCUUCAGAAAGAAACCUGCCUGCAAGUGUCACCCCACGGACCAGCAACAAGCUUCCUACAGGUGGGCUAAGUUCUCAGCUUAAUAUGAACAGUUCAUGAUAAUAUUUGUUACUUCCACUGAGGUAUAUUGCACGGGCCAAAAAUUUCUUUCGUUUCCCGAAAGUGGUUACAUUAACAUUUUUCUCACCAUAAUUGAAGCUCAGUUGUAAAUGGCGCUGUUCCGUCGUCAACUUCACUGAAGUGCGUUGCAGAAUCGAAGAAAACUUUUCGGUUCUUUAAGAAAAUUAAUUUUUUUAGACACCAAACCUUCACCCAAUGUAAGUUAUUAUGUUCACUUGUGAUUAAUGCUGUGCAAAUUUGCAUCAGAAGCACUUCCACACCCAGGAGUUUCACAGCCAUAAGUGCCCCACCCAGCGGUGAACAGAACAUUGCUACAUGCACAGGUUCCCAAAAAGCUUAAGGAUUGCAAUUCCAGUAAGAAUCUAGCUUUACUUUCCAGUACAUCAGUGGAAGUAAAAUAAUAUUAAAACGAAUCAUAUUUGAACAUUUUGAUUUGUUUUUUAUUUAAUUAUUAUUUUAGUUUGAAGCGCAAUGGUUCUAGCAUAUGAAAGGCAUUAUUAUACAAUUAUUAUGGUAGAUGUUCUAUCAGACUGCAUUUUCAAUUUCUCCUUAGAAUCUUCAAUAGAUUUAAAAUCACUAGCCAGUGUUGCAAAAGCUGGGUUGUUUGAUGUCAGUCUGAGGCAAGCUCAAGAAACUAUAGAGGCUCUUAAAAAGCAGCUUGCAGAAGCAGAAGUAUCAAGAGACACAGUCCAGAAAAAAGACAUGGAACCUGUCAAAAGAAAGUUAGUUCUCAUCCCUUUCUUCAGACUGUAUCAAAUAUGUUCAGUGAGAGAAAUUUAAACUGAGUUCUUUUUGCAAAUUAUGAUAUAAAUAUAGGCAGCCUGUGAAAACAGUAUUUCCAGUGGCAUAUUUGCUCAUGCAUUGAAUUUAGACUAGUUGUUUGUUAUUGGCAGGAAAUUUUUGUUAUUUAAUAAGUUCUCUUGACUAAAUUUUGACCUUCAUUGUUUAAGUGCAUUGCUGAACCUCUUUCACUUCCAUGAUAUCAUUAGCAAUUCUCCCUACUGUCUGCUAUACAAUUGUUAUGUUUACUUAUUAAAUUACUGUAAUGGAGAAUUUGGUAUUGGGUCAAUUAAUAAUCCCCUAAUCCUCUAAUUGAUAUAUAUUUUUAUAUUCUUAGUACUUAUUUGCAUGAUAUUGUGUUGAUAUUGUAAGAAGAAGUUAUGUCUAGUUCACUCAUGACAAUUAAAGGGUCAAUUAUCAAUUAUGCAGUUUGAUGACCAUAAAAGUGAUAUUUGUUGUCAAUUUUGAAUCUUCAGAUUUAGUGGUCACAAACUUGUUCAUUUGGAUUUGAAAGGAGCACCAACAAAAAUGACUUUUUCUGACACAGGUAUAUUAUACUGAUUGGAGCAACUUCAUGCACCUUACAUAUAAAAAGAGAACUCUAUAUGUAAUAAUUACAGAUGAGAAAUUUAUGUGUUAUUAUCCAGUAAUAUGCUUGAAAACAUGUUUGGAAACAGGUUUGCCAAUUAUGGCCUAUUCAGUUUUAUCCAUUUGGUACCUGCCCCUCUCCCUGUAUGGAAUCAGGGUACUAUACUUGCAGAAUGUAAAUUUACAUGACCACAUUAUCAGGUUCACAAAAAAUGUUUUACAACGGUUAAAUCAACACUGCUGAAUUAUACCUACAAAAUUAAUUAGUUAAUUCUAAUUAUAAAAUAACUGAUAUUUUUUUACAAGAUUUGAUAAUUACUUGCCAGUAACAAUAUAUCAUAAAAUGUGAUAUCUGUCAUUAAUUUUGAUAAUUAUAAAUUGAAUAUUAUCAAUUUGUAAACCUGUGUAGGUGCUGCCAUAUUUUAAGAAGUGGGGAGCAACUGGUUUGCUGGUUGAGUAUGAAGAUAUGUUUCCCUACAAGGCAAAAUAUGAAGUCUUACAGGCUAAAAACUCAUACAGGUUAAUGCUGUUUAUAACUGUAAGAAAAAGAUGUGUCGUAAAUUCCUAUUUAGAAUACCUUAUCAUUUAGACAUGUGCAUUUGAAGAUUCCUUGCUGUUGAUAUCAAACCUGAAGAAAGUUUAUGGGUACUAUGGUUUUGCACAUUGUGAUUAAUCAGCAGUUCUCUCCUCUAGCUGCUUACUCAUUUUCAUAUCAACUUCUUCCUGAUAUGCUCAAGUGUUCUCACAACCUGUUUGCUGGAUAUUGUAUGGAUGUUAUAGUGAGAAUUUGCAUGUUAAUCACCUCUGGGAGUUAAAGGAUUAAAAGAAAUUAUAAUUUGAUUUUGUAUUUGCAGUGAAGCUGAAAUAAAACAGUUGCUGGAGACAGCAGCAGCAAAUGAUCUUAUUGUAAUUCCACUGGUACAGACAUUUGGUCAUCUGGAGGUAAAGUCAAUAUAAAUAUUCAGAUAAAUACUUUUUCCUAGCAAUUUCAGUUAAUUCUUUUAGCAGCCAGUGAAGCUCUGAUGAUUGCAAUAAGUAUCUCAAUACUUUAGGGUGGAUGAGUAGCCCCCAGCAACUUGGUAAUUUUAAGUUUACAAUUAUGAUAAUUUUAAUAUAUAUGCAUUAUAGCCUCUACUUGGUUUAAAAGUUUGUUUUGAUAUUUGUGUGCAGACAUUAUCUGUUCCAGGAAGCAAACAAUUUUUUAAAAGCAAAAAAACCAGGACCAAUUUUCUCAAUCUUUUUAAAUUUAAUCUACGCACUUGUACAUCAUGCAGUAGUUACUUUUUUUCAAUAGUUAAUUUUUUCAUUUUAAUAAAAAAAAUUAACUAUUUUUAUUCUUGCUUUUUUUUUAAAGUAAACCAUGCAUGUGUAAUUUAUAUGUACAUAAUCUGUUGUAAAAUUUACCUUCCUUUCCAUUCAGUUUGUCUUGAAGCACAAGGAGUUUGCCUAUCUUCGUGAAACAGAACACUACACUAAUUCAUUAUGCCCAAAUAACAAAGGUUAGUGAUACAAAUUGGAAAAAUAAAACCAAAUGGUAUGUUCGUGUGAAUUGCCACCAACUUGAAGAAUUAACAAAUAAGUACAUAAUAUUGGUUAAUUUUGUAUAACAUCUGUUCUAGACUCUGUUCCAAUGGUUAUAGAACUCAUUGAUCAAGUUCUAGCUCUCCAUCCUGGUUUGCAGUGGUUUCAUAUUGGAGGAGAUGAGGUGAUUUGAUAUCUACUGUUGCUAUAUAUUGAGUAACUUUUCAGGGCACAGAAGGUCAUUACACAUGGCUGUACUGUUAAAAUUUUUAUAUUUAAAGUCGACUUUCUGCUUGACGCAAUGUUACAACUUCCCUUAAAUCAAAUCCAAAUACAGAACAAUAAGAACUUCCAUUAUUCACAAAGAGUGCCAGAGCAGGGCAAAAUAGCAGACUGAAAUUUUAAUGCCAGGCUAUUUGGCUCUGGAAAUGGCAUGCAGUGUCACAAACGACUUUGAAUGUACUCAGUUCCGAGGGCUCUGCAUGGAGACAGGCAAAUUACAUGUAGCAAGUUGAGGGCAUUUGAUAGUAGUCACCAACCUAAUUUGAAAACUUAGCACAGGAAACUUUUCAUAACAAGAAUUAAAACUGCUGCAUUUUCAUAUUGGUCUUCUUUUUUUUUUUUUCAAUCAGGUGUGGAAUCUCAAGACAUGCCCUGUCUGUCUUAAAGAUGCACGGAAUAAAUCUGAAUUGUUUGUGCAUCACAUGAAACCCAUUCUCAAACACUUGCAAGGCAAGAAGGUAACACCAAUCAUGUGGGAUGACAUGAUGAGGUACUGGCCUUUGGAAUACUUGAAAGGUAAAGAACUAUUGGAUGGAUUUACACUAAUGGGAGGUUUGGAAUAAACCUUACUGCCCAACUUUUCAGUUGUCCUUUUUGUUUUGACUGUGAUAAAUGAUGACUUUUUAUUUGCCACAGUGGUGAAUAGUGCUCUCUGCAUGCGGUGAUUGCAAAGACUAUUCCCCUCCAAGCAGACGAAGAGAGAAAAUUGCACAUUAAGGGUUAAAUUUCUGUCCAUUGUUUAUUGACAACAAGAAAUAGAUGUAAACUAAACAUGGUUCUGUGUGGUAUAUUCUGAAACUGUUAUUCACCUCAGUGUUGCUGAAAGUGGUGGUUAUUUACCUCCACUUUGGUGAAUAAUUUUAUGUUAUUGUCUUUUGAAUUAAUAUUUUCUUCUCAUUUUGUUUGACAGAGCUUGGUCCUCUUGUUGAGCCAAUGGUCUGGGCCUACAGAUCUGAUCUCACUGGCUAUUUUCCUCCUGGUAAAACUUUAAGUAGAAUUUGUUGUUGUUAUUGUUAAAUCAGAGCAGACCUGCCUUUUCAAAGGCCAUGUUGUUACAACUGUUUUGUCCCAGCUGAUGGGUCAUAUGUUCACUUUUAUUGAAGCUCUACUCAGCUACCAUGGUGCAUCCUCAAUGCCAAGUCAAACCCUUGAGAAUGGCUCAGUUUUGUGGAAUCAAAAGAGCUUAUUCAAGUUACCAGCCUUAACAUUGCACUUAUAGACAAUUUGGCCAGAAUAUUUUUUGGUUGUAGACAAUCUGAGCAUAAACAUGCCUACCUCACAAAAUUAAUUUUCCUUGGCCAAUCCAUCAUCAUGACAUUCUUUCAACCAUUUGAAAUCUAUUUGAGUCAUGUUGAUCAAGUUUGGAGGGUGCGCUAUGUGUAAAAUGUAAAUUAUGUUUUGCGGUUACUGUGAGCUUUCUAAGUCUUUGCCUUUGAUAUUCUUAAGAUAUGUGGCAGAGAUAUGGUAAAGCCUUUAAGAAGAUUUGGGCUGCAAGUGCCUUUAAAGGUAACAUUAAUUUGACUUAUGCAUUAACUUGAAUCAGAUAACUUUAUCCUGUAUGAAGACAACUUUUUAUUAUAAAAAUGGACAAAUUUUGGAGAAUCAUCAAUUUCUUUUGAAGACAUUAGUAUAUCAGUCUUUAGAAUUAUAUAUGAAAAUUUGUGACUUAAUUCCACUGUUGUAGAUUACAAAGAGUUCAUAAAACAUCAAAAAUUUUCUUCAGAUUUGCUCAAAAUGCAACUACAGACCCUGCCAGGUUGAAAGAAGCUCAGUAACCUAGUCACUUGCGAAUUAAGUUACAGAGUUCAAUGCUUAUGUGUUUUAUUAUAAACAUAUUACCUCCUGUAAGCAAACAAAGAGAUAUUGAGUUGUAGGUGUUAUUUAAUUGUUACUUCUGCUAAAAAUUUUCUUCCUUAAGGAGCCACUCACCCAUGGAGCAACUUUGUUCCAAUUGGAUUUCAUGUUCAAAACAAUUUAUACUGGUUGGAUAUCAUUUCCAAGUUACCAUCCACUCUAGAAGUAAAUGGUGUAGCCCUGACUGGCUGGAGCAGGUAUGUAAUGCAGUAUGAUUGUGCAAUGUCAUUAUUCAAUUAUUGUUUUAUCCCUUUAACUCCCAAGAUCUGAUUGUAAAUUCUCCCCUCUAGCUGCUACACAUUUCCUUGUAAAUUGGUUAUAAGAAUUUGAUGUUUGAUCAAGGUAAUAACUUGUAUCUGAUGAGUUUAAGUAUUCUCACUACCUGUUUGCUGGAUAAUGGAUGGAUAUUGUAGGGAGAGGUUACAUGUUAAUCACUUCUGGGAAUUAAAGGGUUAGUGUGUCAGGGGUGGUUAAUGCCAACUCUGUUCUGUUAACCCUUGGCAAUCUAAUAUCAGAAGGAUAAUUCUUCAUACUGUUCUCUGUACAUUUCCUAAGGUGCUGACAAGGAGAAUUUGCUUAACAAUCAAGAGAUUCUUUAGUUGUUGAUCAUUUCCUUUAUUCAUGAGAGCUUGAUCUGUGAUUCCAGGGUGAUACUAUAGGAGAAAUUAGAUGCUUGUCACUCGUAGGGCUCAAAGGGUUAACAAUAUUGCAUUAUUGCAAGUUUGUAUAUUUUAUUUUUAAAUCUUACUGUAUAAUCAUCCUGUUUUGGGGCCAUCAUAAUAACAUAGUUAUAUCCCUCUGCUAAGGAAUUAGCAAUUCUGAGUCAGUUACGCCCACAGGCCCACAAUCCUGUCAGCAGGUUUAAGAAAUGCCAGCCUGGAGAAUGGCAAAACUUAUUACAUGCCAAGAGACCAAUUCCUGGUUAAGAAUAUCUUACAAACUUUCUUAAAUUGAAGUCUUAAAAACUCUUGAGAGGCAUAAUCACUUGAGAACGGCUGCUAGAGCAGCUGGAUUGGUAUGCUAUAAAAGUGAUAAUGUUUUUUUUUUUUUCUCUUUUUGUAGAUAUGAUCACUAUGCCACUUUAUGCGAGCUUCUUCCAGCAGCUCUUCCUUCAUUAGCAUUUUGCCUUGGAGCAUUGAGUGAAGGUACA